GGUGGCCCUCACUCGAGGCUGCCAGCAGCACCGACACACUUCUCUCUUGGCAUCCCGGCGCUGCUGAUCAUGUCCUUGAGGGGCAGUUUCUCGCGUCUUCUUCGGAUGCAAGUGCAUUCUGUCCUGAAGAAGUCCGUCCACUCUGUGGCUGUGAUAGGAGCCCCUUUCUCUCAGGGACAGAAAAGAAAAGGAGUGGAAUAUGGUCCAGCUGCUGUUAGAGAAGCUGGCUUGCUGAAAAGACUCUCUGCUUUGGGUUGCCGCUUAAAAGACUUUGGAGACUUGAGUUUUACUCCAGUGCCCAAAGAUGAGCUCUAUAACAACCUGAUAGUGAACCCACGCUCUGUGGGCCUUGCCAACCAGGAACUGGCAGAGGUGGUCAGCAGAGCAGUAUCAGGUGGCUACAGCUGUGUCACAGUGGGAGGCGACCACAGCCUGGCAAUCGGUACCAUUAGUGGUCACACCCGGCACCGCCCAGACCUUUGUGUCAUCUGGGUUGAUGCCCAUGCUGACAUCAAUACACCCCUCACCACUUCAUCAGGAAACCUCCAUGGACAGCCAGUUGCAUUUCUUCUCAGAGAACUACAGGACAAGGUACCACAACUCCCAGGAUUUUCCUGGAUCAAACCUUGUAUCUCUUCCCCAAGUAUUGUGUAUAUUGGCCUAAGAGAUGUGGACCCUCCUGAACACUUUAUUUUAAAGAACUAUGAUAUUCAGUAUUUUUCCAUGAGAGAUAUUGAUCGACUUGGUAUUCAGAAGGUCAUGGAACAGACAUUUGAUCUGCUGAUUGGCAAGAGACAAAGGCCAAUCCAUCUGAGUUUUGAUAUUGAUGCAUUUGACCCUACACUGGCUCCAGCCACUGGAACCCCUGUUGUGGGGGGAUUGACCUAUAGAGAAGGCAUGUAUAUUACUGAGGAAAUACACAAUACAGGGUUGCUGUCAGCAUUGGAUCUUGUUGAAGUCAAUCCUCGGUUGGCCACUUCAGAUGAAGAGGCAAAGGCUACGGCUAGACUGGCAGUGGAUGUGAUUGCUUCAAGUUUUGGUCAGACAAGGGAAGGAAGACACAUUGUCUAUGACCAACUUCCUACUCCCAGUUCACCAGAUGAAUCAGAAAAUGAAGAACGUGUGAGAAUUUAGGAAACACUGUGCACUGGCACAUUUCACGAUGGGCAUUCCAGAUUUGCAAAGCAUUCAAGGGGACAGAUACUAAAUGGUUGGCUGGAUUGAUACUGCCUUAAUAAGAACAUCAAUACAUUUUCAUGAUUGUAAAGUUUCCCCUCUCCAUUUUGGUGACCAAUAAUACUACUGUAAAUGUAUUUUUUUUUUUUUUUUAAAUUCACAAGGUAUUGAUAUGUUACAGUACUAUGUAAAUUUGCAGAAGUCAUAAACUGCAUUUAUUACCUUGGUAUAUCA